UCCGCCUCGACUAUUAUGGUCGAAGAGCAAAUCGGCCGGAUACUUUGACUAACUCUGUCGGCCAAAGCACGAAGCUUCGAUAUAGAAAGCGGUCAUUUCGUGUUCUGACGAGCUAUAUCAUUGACGUGCGUAGCAAGAGCUGAAAAAGAGUCUUUGUUAAGCAAGAAGCAGUUAAAUAUUCGUGAAUACAAGAUGAAGGAUCAUGACGCAGCUCAACAAAAGAAACCUACGAAAUUGAAAAAUCUUGCGGAUAAGACGGAGGCAUUUGAUUCUUUGCACUUAAAAAGUGUUAAAGAGAAAACCCUUUGCUCAAAGGAAUCAUGUCUCGGUAGUAUAAUGCAGCUACCGCUUCAUGGAACUGAACCACGAACAAAAGAAGAAGUUCUAACUCAUGCAAAAGACUUUCUGGAGCAAUAUUUUACUUCCAUCAGAAGAUUAAAUAGCGAUGCUCAUCGCACACGUUGGGAAAAUGUACAAAAGGAAGUGAUGUCCUCUGGUACAUAUCAGUUAACAGAAACGGAAUUGGUGUUCGGUGCAAAAGUAGCUUGGCGAAACGCAGUGAGAUGCAUCGGACGUAUACAAUGGUCAAAAUUACAGGUCUUCGAUUGCCGCUACGUUACGACUACAAGUGGCAUGUUCGAGGCUUUGUGCAAUCAUAUCAAAUAUGCUACAAAUAAAGGGAACAUAAGAUCUGCAAUAACAAUAUUUCCGCAACGCACUGAUGGAAAACAUGAUUACAGAGUAUGGAAUCAACAAUUAAUUAAUUAUGCGGGAUAUAAAAAUCCAGAUGGCACUAUUACUGGAGAUCCUGGUACCGUAGAAUUUACAGAGGUUUGCGUGAAAUUAGGAUGGAAAGGAAAGCGGACUAAAUUCGAUAUAUUACCGCUUCUUUUAUCCGCCAAUGGACACGAUCCGGAUUAUUUCGACAUUCCCAGCGAUUUGGUACUCGAAGUACCACUAGUUCAUCCUACGUACGACUGGUUUGAAAAAUUGGAUUUCAAAUGGUUCGCCAUUCCGGCCGUGUCUGGAAUGGUUUUCGAUUGUGGAGGUUUAGUAUUUACCGCGGCACCUUUCAAUGGCUGGUAUAUGAGCACCGAGAUUGGCUGCAGAAAUUUGUGCGAUGGUCACAGAUAUAACUUGCUCGAGACAAUAGCGACGAAUAUGGGCCUAGACACUAGAACAGCUACAUCGUUAUGGAAGGACAAAGCAAUGGUAGAAGCUAACAUCGCGGUGCUGCAUAGUUUUCAGCUGAAGAAUGUGACAAUCGUGGAUCAUCAUACGGCUUCGGAAUCUUUCAUGAAACAUCUCGAUAAUGAGAUGCGUCUUCGGAAUGGAUGUCCCUCAGACUGGCUAUGGAUUGUGCCACCGAUAUCUGGAUCCGCGACAGCGGUAUUUCACCAGGAAAUGUCGCUUUAUCACUUGAAACCCGCUUACGAUAACCAGGAGCCAGCGUGGAAAAUUCACGUAUGGAAAAAGGGACGCGACAAAAAAACGACGACGAAGAAGCCGAGGCGAAAGUUUCAUUUUAAGCAAAUCGCAAGAGCCGUAAAGUUUACGUCCAAAUUAUUUGGACGAGCGUUAUCGCGCCGUAUAAAGGCGACUAUAUUGUUCGGUACAGAAACCGGCACGUCCCAGAUGUACGCGGAAAAGUUGAAUGAAUUGCUAGGCCACGCUUUUCACUCUCACGUACUUUCGAUGGCGGAUUACGACAUCAGUAAUAUAGAACACGAGGCUCUACUGUUUGUGGUAACUUCCACUUUCGGGAACGGUGAUCCGCCCGAAAACGGGGAGGUCUUCGCGCAGAAUUUGUAUGCAAUGAAGAUGAACGAUGCUUAUAUCACCAACAGCGAUAAAGUGAAUCUGGCAACCUCGAAGUCAUUUAUCAAGGCCAAUAGUCAAACGGAAGUGAGCGGAUCGAAAAAAUUAGACAGAUUAGAUUCCCUGCGCGGCUCUACGACAGACUCGCAGACUGAGGAUACCUUUGGACCUCUCAGCAAUGUCCGAUUCGCCGUAUUUGCGCUAGGUUCGUCCGCGUAUCCAAAUUUUUGCGCGUUUGGUCGUUACGUUGACAAUCUGUUGGGCGAAUUGGGCGGAGAACGAUUGGCCCGAUUGGCUCAGGGUGACGAGAUGUGCGGACAGGAACAAACCUUCCGAAAGUGGGCGGCCGAUACUUUCACGGUUGCGUGUGAAACAUUCUGCCUGGAUGAUGAUGAUACAUUGGCAGAGGUGGCCCUGUCCCUAGAUUCCGAGGCACUGUCCGCGGCCACAGUCCGUUUCGUGGAGGCUGAUCCACAACCGAUUGACAAAGCAUUGAGCAAAUGCCACAACAGAAAUGUGACGAUGUGCAAUAUGCUGCGAAGGACCAAUUUGAGCGGCGACGAGUCCAGUGGAACGACAUUGCUCCUGGAAUUGGAUGAUAUAGUGGGCAUGGAUAUCUCUUACAAGCCUGGGGAUCAUUUAGGCGUAUUUGCGUGCAAUCGGGCAGAACUUGUGGAGAGGAUCUUGCAACGUGUACAAUCUACCUUUCACGUUGAUGCACCGAUCGAGCUUCAAAUGCAGAAGCAAGCACAUACUCCUAACGGCAUUGUAAAAACAUGGGUACCUUAUGACAGAUAUUUACCGAAUUCUUUAAGAAUGCUAUUAACUCGAUUUUUGGAUAUCACGACGCCGCCUACGCCGAAUCUAUUAAGAUACUUCGCUUCAAUAGCUACGAAUGCAAAAGAACAGAAGCAACUUGAUCUUUUAACUUCUGAUCCGACGGCUUACGAGGAUUGGAGGCAUUGGAAGUUUCCUAAUUUGGCCGAAGUUCUGGAUGAAUUUCCAUCCGUGACUCCGUACGCUCCGUUGCUUCUAUUUCAUCUAACACCUUUGCAGCCGAGAUUCUAUAGUAUUUCAUCAUCUCCCUCCGUGCAUCAAGGGCAAAUUCAUCUUACAGUCGCAGUAGUGCAAUAUCAAACGCAAGAUGGUUCUGGACCGAUACAUUUUGGCGUUUGUUCCAAUUAUCUGCGAGAAAUAUCCGAUGGGGAAUUGUUAUAUGUAUUUGUGCGGAGCGCGCCAAACUUCUAUAUGCCGACGGAAACUAAAGCACCAAUGAUAUUGGUGGGCCCGGGUACGGGAAUCGCACCUUUCCGAGGUUUCUGGCACCAUCGGUUUGCUCAGAUGAAAUUUGACAUGAAACAGAAUCAAACAUUUGGGAAGAUUUGGCUAUUCUUUGGUUGUCGUCAAAGAAACUUGGAUUUGUAUAGACAAGAGAAAAAAGAAAUGUUGGAGGCUGGUGUCUUGGAUAAAGUAUUCUUAGCAUUAUCCCGAGAGCCCGGUAUUAAGAAGACUUAUGUGCAAGAUUUGAUCCUAACGAAAGCAUCUGAGAUUUACACAAUGGUAGUACAUGAGCACGGACAUUUCUACGUUUGCGGAGAUUGCACAAUGGCAGAGGAUGUUUAUCAAACCUUGAAACACAUUAUACAAACGAAUGGCCAAUUGACCGACAAGGAAGUCGAAGCGUAUAUGUUAUCACUCAGGGAUGAGAAUCGUUAUCAUGAAGACAUAUUUGGUAUAACAUUGCGCACAGCUGAGGUGCACAAUCGAUCACGUGAGACUGCUAGGAUUCGAAUGGCUGCCGAACCGUGAAGAUAUCGGGCUAAUAAAGCACAGUCCGAGUAACUUUUGAGGGUUCGUGCUAAUAAUUAUUAAUUACUGCACCGC